AUGGGCGCGAUCGGCAUCGUGUACGCCCUCGCGGGCAUCGGCGCCGGCGUGGUCCUGCUCUUCGCCUACUCGACCGUGCAGUUCCUCACCUUCCACUUCGUCACGCCCUGGGAGCCGCUCAAGAAAUACAAACGCAUCGCCGGGGAAACCAACACCGCCUUCGCCCUCAUCACAGGCGCCAGCGCGGGUAUCGGCCUCGGCAUCGCCAAGGAACUGGCCCGCCAAGGUUUCGGCGUGGUGAUGCUGGGGCAUUUAGCCGAUGAGCUCUCCGAAGCAGCGGCAGAGGUGCGGAAGUUGCUGCCUCCUACCGGGUCGGCAGCCGGGGAGAACAGAGUGCGCACGCUGGUGAUGGACGCACGCACCGCGACACCCGCCGAUCUCGAAGCCGCCGUGGCCUCGCUGUCCGACGUGCCGCUGACCAUCCUGGUCAACAACGUCGGCGGUAACCCUGUCGCUGUGCCCCCCUUCCGGCCGCUCGCGACAUACUCGUGUGAUGACGUCGACGGUGUGAUUAACCAGAACGCGCGGUUCAUGGCGCGGUUGACGGCGUUGUUGCUUCCUGUGCUUGAGGGGCGUCGUCAUGGUCAACAAGACCAACCUUCAGACAAAAGCCACCGCUCCCUGAUCAUCUCCCUCUCCUCCGCCGCCCACAUCGGCCUCCCCUGGCUAGUCAUGUACAGCGCGACCAAAGCUUUCAACCGCGCGCUCGGCUUCAGUCUAGCGCGGGAACUCCCCACCGUGCAAUCCCCCUCUGCCGUCCCGAUCGACAGCAUCGUGGUAACACCGGGUGAGGUUCUCUCGCAGGGCAACAGCCGGGGCGUUCCCGCGUCGGCGCCGACGGCCGCUGAGUUUGGCCGGGCGAUUGUGCACAAGGCUGAUGGGGCGGUGGCGCGCGGGUGGAUGGAGAUGCGGGCGCAUUGGUGGCAUGAUGUGGAGGAUGUGUUGGUGAGGAUGGCGCCGGAGGGGCCGAGGAGGCAGGGGAUUGUGCAGCAGGUUGGCGCGAAGAGGGUUGCGUGGAAUCGAGUGUAUGAGGAGGAGGCAAAGAGGGAGUAA